AUGGCCACCUCACGCAACGGAGAGCGCGUUGUUCAUCAAGAAUAUAUCGCACGUGUCCGAUACAGCAAUGCGCUCCCUCCGCCGCCGAAUCCGCCCAAGCUGCUCGAUAUCCCUAACACAGGCCUGUCGAGUGGGCAGUACACCAAUCCCAAGUUCGCCUCGCGCUUGGCGAGAGAGCAGCCGCUCAACAUUGAGGCCGACGCAGAACUGGGCAUGCCGCUAGACCUCGUGGGCAUGCCGGGCGUUUUUGAUGGCGACGAGCGAUCAAUCCAAGCACCUGCGCAGCAGCCAGAUGUCCAUCCUCACGAUCUAGCACUUCUACGGCCCCUCGCUAGUCUUGGGAAACGCAAGGCUGUCGAUACUGGUGUUUCCUUCCUUCGCCGCACAGAAUACAUCUCCAACCUCGCCACGAGGAAGCCGGAAGCUGGCAAAGGAGCUUUCCUCGGUGCGUCCCAGAAGAAACGCAUACAGCGAUCGCCCGAGGCUGCCGCCGACUCUCCUGUCGCUAUCAAACGAAAGAUUGAGCGCAGUUUUGCACUGGCCGACGAAGAGCUCAAGAACCACAAGCGAGUCAAGCACCCUACAAGGAAGCAACUCCAACUAGUAGACGCGACACCUCUCAUCCCGGAUCUCGAUGCAUUCCCCGACUCUGGCGCCUUUGUUACGAUUAAGUUCGACAGGAACCCUGUCGCUGCUUCCUCAGAAUACGACAAGCGUCUCCUCAGCUCCAUGUUCCGUCCCAUAGAUCGAUCGCAGGAAGAGGAGGCUGCAUUCGAUGCCGCCAUGGACCUACACAGGGCCAAUCCGGACACGGUUCCAAAGCCACAGAAUCUCAUGAACUACGAUUUCUUCCUACCGCAGAACAAAAAUGCUGCAACCAACUUCCGCCGCAUGUUCGACCCGACAGACGCGGACCACAAGGACGAAAACCUGUAUACCCACCAAGCAGAGUCAGGCCCAUGCUUCCAGUUCAAUCGUUUGCGCGCAUACGAGACCUCUCAUGAGACCGAGCUCGAACACUCGGACAAAUACUCUGACGAAGUUAUCCUCUCUGUUGUAGAUGACGAAAGCGGAUCCAGGCAAAAGGCCGUGUACUACUAUCCCGUGCUUCAGAAAUCAACCAUCCGCUCGCAGCGUACCAAGAACAUUGCCCGCACCAUGCUCAACAACGGGGACGAAGACGAGAAGGUUGUGGAGCGCAUGGACCUCACGGUGCAGGACCCUAACGAGGACAUGCUCACAGCCAUGAGGAAUUAUAGGGAAUAUCCUUUUGGCUGGGAGGACCCUGACCAGGAAGAGCAAGUUGAAGUGGAGGAAGCACCGGUUCAACGACAGGCCAGUGAGGACGCCGAGGGUGACGCUGAAGGGCAGGCUCGCGCCUCCGAGUCGCCUCGACGCGAAUCGGCAAAUGAUGACGGUUCUGAGGAGGAGUAG